UUUUGACAGUUCGUUAGAAAAAUAAUCCUCAAACGUGUUUUGUUUAACUGCGACUUUGCUUCUUGUAAAGGACUUUUACAUAUUUUCUUAAAAUAAGCCGUGUUUUAUGGAAUACUAUUGAAAAUUAUUAUAACGGCAGCAACAUGAAAGUUAAAGUGAUCAGCCGGAACCCGGACAAUUAUAUGCGGGAAACCAAGAAGGAUAUCCACAAGGUGUUUCGAAACUACGACACGGCGCUACAUCCCUUCGAGGGAGCUCGUGAGUACGUCCGGGCGCUGAAUGCCACCAAACUGGAGCGGGUCUUUGCCAAACCAUUCGUGGGCAAUUUGGAUGGCCACAAGGAUGGAAUCUCUGCGCUCGGUAAGCAUCCGCAGAGUUUGUCCCUGCUGUUGAGCGGCUCCUACGACGGGGAAGUUAAACUCUGGGACGUUCCGAACCAGGAGUGCGUUCAGAGCAUCAUGUGUCACAGCGGGUAUGUGCGAGGGAUCGUGUUCUCGAACGAUGGGUCCAGAUUUUUCACUAUUGGAGACGACAAAGCUAUCAAAAUGUGGGACUCAUCAUUGGUGGAUAGCGACGAGGACUCGCACGAACCACUUAACACCAUUCUGGGCAAAACAGUAAUCACAUCUAUUUCGCACCACUAUGAAGAACCAUUCUUUGCAACCUGCGGAGAAACUUGCAACAUCUGGGACGAAACUCGCAACUCGCCUAUCAAAACGCUUCAGUGGGGUGUGGAUACCUUGUACGACGUCAAAUAUAGCCCUGUGGAGACUUCUCUGCUGGCGGCUUGCUGCAGUGAUCGUGGUAUCAUCUUCUACGACCAACGAGAGGUGAAGCCACUGCGCAAAAUCGUCAUGAGCUUGAGGCCCAAUCAACUGGCUUGGAAUCCUAUGCAAGCGUAUUACUUCACGGUGGCCAGCGAAGAUUACAAUCUGUAUACGUUCGAUACCCGUCGGUUGAAGAACCCGUUGAAGAUUCACGGUGGGCACACGUCAGCCGUGACUUGUGUUGAUUACGCCCCUACAGGGCGUGAGUUUGUUUCCGGAUGCUACGACAAGACCAUAAGAAUCUUCGAAGCCCACAAAGCCAACAGCAGAGAAGUUUACCAUACCAAGCGAAUGCAGCACGUGACCUGUAUCGGGUGGUCAUUGGACAAUAAAUAUAUCUACUCCGGCUCAGACGAAAUGAACGUUCGCCUUUGGAAGGCCCGUGCUUCGGAGAAAUUGGGUGCCCUCCAGCCCCGCGAAAAACAAGCCUUCAAGUACAAUGAAGCGCUGAAGGAGAAAUUUGCAGCGCAUCCACAGAUUCGACGCAUCGCCCGGCACCGGAACGUGCCCAAGGUGGUAUACAAUGAACGCCGCAAGCAACAGGAGCAGAAACAGAAAAUCAAACGAAAGGAGGAGAAUGUGCGCCAGAAUUCGAAACCAGGCAAGGUACCUUAUAUUCCAGAAACUAAGAAAAAGGUGUUGCGAGAGGAGCAUUGAAGGGUUUGAUAUUUCUUUGAAAUUUCUAUGACUUUGUGAAAUAUUUGUUCAUUUUCCAUCGUAUAAUAAAAACGUUCAGUUCGACAUA